AUAAGUUGUGACUCACAGUGCAGACUUGGUCAGAAGUCCUUGGAAACUUAAUUACAUGUCAAAAAGGCAGUGUAUUUUCUUGUGUUGUUAAGACCACUAUCCAUUUUAUUUUUCUACUUUCUGUGCUUGAAUGAGAGGUCAUCGGUUUACAUUGUCAAGGUAUUGGGAAAGAAUGGGCCUCCUGCAACGAAUAUAAGUGCAAGUUCAUGUGAGGUGUUGAAUAAGUUCAUAAAAUAGUAAAUAAGAAAUUCUCAAUAUUAGAUUUGUGCAUUAGUGAAAGGAGGAAAGGGAGAAAAUAAAACAAGAGUGAUAGAAGCAAUGAAUAAUCCCAUACUUAAAAAACGACGUUGAAGGACCAGAGGCUAAAAUGAGCAACUUAGAUUAUCAGUUGAAAAGGGAGACCGAGGAUCCAGUAUCCCUGUCUCUCGUCAAGAAUGAAAAUGAAGUUUUAGUGGGCAGUGAUGCCCCAGCCAACUUUACCUUUGUCUCUUUGGAUUUAAUGACGGAAAUCAAGACAGAAGUGAAGACGGAAGGAGAGGUGUCUAAUGAGUCUGAUGACGACAAAAAGUUUCACCGUGAGGAUUUUAGGUCAGCUUUCAGAGAUGAAGGCAAUUCACUGCCUAUCACUAAGGAACUCUUUUCGCCCUACAUGGAGAUCCACACGGGGGAGAGGCCUUUCGUGUGCGAGAUCUGUGGGAAGUGUUUCUCCCAGAAAGCGCAUCUGAAGACCCACACGGCGAUUCACACGGGGGAGAGGCCCUUUGUGUGCGAGGUCUGUGGGAAGUCGUUCUCCGAUAAAUCAACUCUCAGGAGACACAUGGUGAUCCACACGAGGGAGCGGCCCUUCGCCUGCAAGGACUGUGGGAAGUCGUUCUCUCAUAAAUGGGGUCUCAAGACCCACAUAGCGAUCCACACGGGGGAGAGAGCCUUCACCUGCAGUGACUGUGGGAAGUCGUUCUCCCGUAAAUCGCAUCUGGAGAUCCACAAGGUGGUCCACACUGGGGAGAAGCCCUUUGUGUGCAAGGACUGUUGGAAGUCGUUUUCCAGUAAGUCAAACCUCAACACCCACAUGGUGAUCCACACGGGAGAGAGGCCCUUCGUGUGCAAGGACUGUGGGAAGUCGUUCUCCCUUAAAUCAUAUCUUAAGACCCACAUGGUAAUCCACACGGGGGAGAGGCCCUUCGUGUGCAAGGACUGUGGGAAGUCGUUCUCCGAUAAAUCAACUCUCAGGAGACACGUAGUGAUCCAUACGGGGGAAAAGCCCUUCGCCUGCAAUGAUUGUGGGAAGUGCUUCUCCGCGAAACUGAGUCUCAAAUCCCACAUGUUGAUUCACACGGGGGAAAGCCCCUUUGUGUGCAAGGAAUGUGGAAAGUCCUUCUCCACGAAAGCGACUCUCAAGUCCCACAUGGUGAUCCACAUUGGGGAGAGGCCCUUUGUGUGCAAGGACUGUGGGAAGUCAUUCACCUAUAAAUCAAACCUCACGGCCCACAUGUUGAUCCACACUGGGGAGAGGCCCUUCGUUUGCAAAGACUGUGGGAAGUCGUUCACCCAAAGUUCGACUCUCAAGACCCACAUGACUAUCCACACGAGGGAGAGGCCCUUCCUGUGCAGGGAACGUGAGAAAGCCUUUUCCCGGAGGAGCUACCUGGAACAACAUUUCCGGAUCCAGGAAGGAGAGACUCGAUUGGAACAUGAGGAGGCGUUAACGUCACUUGAUUCAUUCAUUGACCUGAGUCACUGAUUCUGACUGUACGAUUCACUUUUCUUGUUUUGUAAAUCACAUUGGGAACUUGACCCCUGUACGCUAAUUAGUUAUGGAGUUAUUGAAUUUACAAUUUACAAUUAAAUAAAUUUUCUGACCAUGUUUGCAUUCAAGUACAGUCGCCUCUCAAUUAACGAGUGUGAAAUUAAUGCGUUUUCGAUUUAAUGCGAGCUAGAAAAUAUUUAAAAAUGUUUAAAAGACAAAAAAUUCAAUUUAACACAAAUUGACGCCCAAGCAUUGUUUUCAAACCACCCGUGCAUCAGUGCUGCAGACAACGGUUGUCGACAUAAACAAAGACAUAGCACAGUAUGUAUUAUU